AUGAGCAGGUAUCAUACAGAGGCCAAAGACAAAGUCUCCAAACUGAUACCUGAGUUCGAGAAAUGUGCCAUGGGUGGAUGUGAUGCCAUCACUCCAUCUUCAAAAGGCAAACCGAAACCAUGUGUAUUAAUCUCGACACGAAGAGGCCUUCAUUAUUUUCGUCCAGGAAUCUUCGGAUCUAAAUACAAGAUCUCUGGUGAGUAUUUUGUACUUGAUGUCGAGCAAAUAGAAUAUGUUGAUCAAUUCACUCGCAGAUUUUACAUCCACGGAAGAAAACCAAUCGAAUUUACAAGUGAGAAUAUCGAUUAUAUAGUCACCGAUCUAUUGAAAGCAUCUAGAGAAUUUUCAUAUGGAUGCUCAGUUCCGCAUGAAAUCGCGUUAUUAAAAUGGGUUGGUCAAAAACCACAAUGCCCUGAAGUAAAACGUCACGACAAACUUACAAUGUACAGAUAUAAGAACAUUGCUCAAAUGAAAGGAAUAGAACGCGAUACAUCAAAUCUUCGACCGUUAGAAUUCUUCGAAAACACAUGCAGAACACAGUUCUACAUAGAUUCGUUCUCCCAGCAACCGCAGGGAGUCGAAGCAUUGUCUUUAUCACUCGCAUACGAAGGAAAUUUACAUACUAUUCAUUGUCAGAGUUUUUCUCCACAAAACGUUUGUCUUAUGAUCAAGCAAAUACUUAAAAUCUCGAGAUCGGUCAAAUGCCUUCAUUUUAUUGAUUAUGAAGAUCUUUUCUUCGAAGUCGGUAGAUUUGGUAAAAUUAAGAACUCUGUAUUGAACAGUCUCGUCAUUACUCAUUGCUUUACAAAUCCAGUAAGACUUAUUCAAUUUUUGAUGGAAUUCAAAUUUGCAAGAAAUGAUUUUCAAAGAUUAGAGUUAAACAAGUGCAGAAUGAAUGCAAGAUGCGCAAAGGAAUUCGCAAAAUUACUUACAACAUUCCAUUGCUUCAGAACUCUUGAAAUUUUAACAAUUCGCGAAUUAGAAACGGAUCCAAAGGAAGGAAACGCUGUAUACGGACUUAUCUACCAAGCAGUCAAUCAGCUUCCCUUCUUAGCUCAAUACGAAAUUACAAUGUGGCAACCAAAAAUUCAAAUUACUCCUGAAACAACAAAUUUAAGUUUAAACUACUUAACGCAUUUAGCUCUUUCAAACUUUGUACUCGUUGAUAUUCCAGAUCCGAAAUUCUGCAAAUCAAUCAAAUCAUUUUCGUUUGCAGGCUCUUCCUUCUCAUUACGAUCAUUCCAAUUGAUUAUGGAUGAGUUAAGUGUCCAUCCAAUCGAUUUCAGUCUCGAUUUAAGUGACAUCGAAAUUCCACAAAAAGAUUUUCGGAUGUUUUUCGAUAGAAACAGAGAAGUACUAUCCAACAAAUUGGUAGAAUUCAGCUGGGCAGGCAAUCCGCUAACAGCUCAUACGAUUCCUUCAAUUGUAAAUUAUUUCAUCAAAUGUCCAAGACUUAAAUACUUGGAUAUCUCUCGCUGCCUUAAUGGAAAAGUCACAAGCACCACGGAUAUGUUCUUUAUGCAGAUAAUGGGAAUUCCUUUAUGGGGAAUUUGCGUAAAAUCAGAUGAGAACACGAUGCUUGGCCCUGAAAUCGUCACCAAAAUUACCAAAAUCCAAUCUCUUGUAUCUGUUACGUUGAUUGGCCAUCAUAUCAACGAAAAUAAUAUCAAAGAUUUAAUGAUCUUGCCACAUUUAGGCGAAUUGUACGUUGAUAGGACAGAUAUUAAGGACAUUGAUACGAUAUUCAAGCUUUACCAAGAUUAUAUCUUAAAGAAAGCUUCAAUUUUCGCUUGUGUAACUCCAAUGGAAGAUUGUAUGAGGACAAUACAGAAGAAAGUCUUCGAAUUGAUCGAUUUCAAGGCUCAAGUUAACGCCAGAUUGUAUCCAGGUGAUGAUAUAAUAAGAUCCGAAUAUUAUUCAGAGUACGGAGACGAUAUGACCCAAUACAAACGUUAUCUUCAGAACUUUCCAAUCGGUCGCCGUCGUAUUCCACGCCAAGAAGACUUCUGUCAUGCAGAAUUUCCAGUCUCAUCAGUUUAUGAGUCCUCACUUCACAGUCCACACGUUAUGAAGGCUCCGAAUGGCUUCACCGAGGAACAACUGAAGCAUUUGACCACAUUUGAGAACGCUCCAGACUUUAAUUCCGAAGCAAAUUUCGAUCAACCACCAUGGUUGAAAGAUAUGAUCAAAGAACUCAAAGUCAGGAAGCGCCAGUACAAUUACGCCACUCCUGCACCUCCAGAUCCAGAAGAUAACGAUACUGAUAUCGAGCCAUUAACAACUCCACUGAAUUUGGACAACAUUCAGCCAGAAGAAGGCAAAGUUGAAGCCCAAAUCGAAGUUCCCGAGGCAGUUCUCAACCAACUACCAACAGAAAUGCCAUCUUUGGCCGUCGAAACACCUAAAGUCGAAGUUGACGUUGAAGUUCCGGCCAAAAAAGGGAAAAAGGGAAAGAAAGGAAAAGGAAAAGCAGAAGCGAACGUUGAAGUUGAAGGCGAAGUCAAUGUCGAAGGCGAAAUCAAAGGAAAGAAAGGAAAGAAAGGAAAACUCGGAAAAGGAAAAGUUCCAGAAGGAUUCGUUAAUCCAGAAACCAAAAUUACAUUUGAUCAACAACAACCAGUUGUUGAAACAAACGAAAUUAGCAUCCACGCACCAGGAUUCAAUGCAAAGACAUCAAGAAUCGAUUCUCCAAACGCUACAAUCGAAGAACACGAAAUUUUACUUCCAGAAUCAACAGAAACAUCAGACAUGAAUGUUGAAACACCAAAAUUAAACAUAAGAAAAGACAUUACUCUUCCACAGCCACAGAUACAGGUAGAACUACCACAAGUACACGAAGAACACGAGAUAGAAGGAGAAAUUAAGAAACCACAAGUAGAAACACCAAAUGUAAAUGUUUCUGCUCCUGAAGUUGACGUAAAAAUUCCAAGACAAAAGAGAAAGAAAUCAAAAAUCGGCGUCAAACCUGAUCUCGACAUCGAACAACCACAGCUCAACGUACAAACACCAAACGUCGGAGGUGCUGCUGGUGUUGGAAUCAAUUCUCCACAGGUUGAUGUCAAUCCACAAAUUGGAAUUAAUCAACCAAAUAUUAAUGCUGCUGGUCCAGAAAUGGGAAUUAAUCAAGGAUUUAGUGCUGCAGUUAAUGCCCCACAAGUUGAUGUCAAUGCUUCUAGUCCUGGAGUUGGAAUAAAUCCACAAUUGAAUGUCCAAACUCCACAAGUUGAAGUUAAUGCACCAAAACCAGAAAUUGGUGUUGGAGCUCCAGGAAUUGCAGUUAAUACUCCAAAUGUUGAAGGAAGUGCUGGAUUUGGAGUUAAUGUCAAUACUCCACAAGUUGAAGUUAAUAAACCAGAAAUUGGUGGAGGAGCUAAUGUUAAUGUCCAAGCCCCAGAAAUCGAAGUUGAACAACCAGAAAUCAAAGGAAAGAAAGGAAAAUUUGGUGGAUUAUUCAAGAAAAGGAAGAAAAAUCACGAAACACCAAACUUAGAAGGAAAUCUCAAUGUUCAAGCUCCACAAGUUGAAAUUUCUGCUCCUGAAGUCAAAGCUGAUCACGAUAUCAAUGUUCAAACUCCAGGAAUUGGUAUUUCUGCUCCUUCUGUUCAACCACAAGUUGAUAUCAAUGCUCAACCACCUCAUGUUGAACCUCCUGAAGCUGAAAUCAAUGUCAAUAAACCAGGAUUUGGAUUCGGAAAGAAACUCAACGUUGAUGUCGAAACUCCUGAAAUUAAAGCUGAUCAAAAUGUCAAUGCUUCUGCUCCAGGAAUUGAAGUCAACAAACCAAAUGUUGGUGGUGCAGCUGGAUUUGGUGUUGGAAUCAACAAAUCAAAUCUUGAUGUCAAUGCACAAUCACCAUCAGUUUCAGUUGAACAGCCAGAAGUCGAAGUCGAAGUCCCAGAUGUUGAUGUCAAAGGAAAGAAACAUGGCUUUGGUUUUGGCAAGAAACCAAAACUGAACGUUGAAGUUGAUGUUCCUGAAGUCAAACCAAAACACGACAUCAAUGUCAACACUCCCAAUGUUGAAGUCAACAAACCAUCAAUUGAUGUCAAUGCAUCCACUCCAGGAAUUGGAAUUAACAAACCAAAUAUUGGUGGCUCUGCAGGAUUUGGUGUUGGAAUCAACGCACCACAAGUUGAAGUUAACAAACCAAAUGUUGACUUAAAUACAGAAGUUCAAGGUCCAGGUAUUGGUAUCAACAAACCAAAUACAAAUGCAGGAUUUGGAGUCAAUGUUAAUACUCCACAAGUUGAUAUUAAUAAGCCAGAAAUUGGUGGUGAAGCAAGCAUCAAAGGUAAGAAACCAAAGCUUGGUUUCAACACUCCAGAAGUCGAAGUCAAUGCUCCACAAGUUGAUGUUAAUGCUUCUGCUCCAGGAGUAGGAAUUAAUCCACAAUUAAAUGUCCAAUCUCCACAAGUUGAAGUUAAUGCACCAAAUAUUAAUGCUUCAGCUCCAGGAAUUGGUAUUAACAAACCAAAUCUUAGUGGCUCUGCAGGAUUUGGAAUUAAUCCAGAAGUUAAUGUCAAUGCACCAAGUGUUGAAGUUAACAAACCAAAUAUGGAUGGUGCCGCUGGAUUUGGUGUUGGAAUUAACGCUCCACAAGUUGAAGUUAACAAACCAAAUGUUGAUUUAGACACAGAGAUUAAAGGUCCAGGAAUUGGUAUCAACAAACCAAGUGCAAAUGCAGGAUUUGGAGUUAAUGUUAAUGCUGAUGUUCCAGAAGUCAAAGCUGAUAAAGAAAUCAAAGUUGAAACUCCACAUGUUGAAGUCGAAAAUGACGUUGAAGGACCAAAGCUCAGUUUAUUCGGUAAAAAGCCAAAGAUUGGUAUCAAUUCACCAGAAGUCGAAGUUAACACUCCACAAGUUGGUGUCAAUGCUUCUGGUCCAGGAGUUGGAAUCAAUGCACCAAAAGUUGGUCUCAAUGUCAACACUCCUGAAGUCGAAUCACCAGAAAUCAAUGUUAAGAAACCAAAAAUUGAUGUUGAGCAACCACAUGCUGAUGUCAACGCUUCUGCUCCAGGAAUCGGACUCAACAAACCAAGUGUUGGAGCAGGAAUUGGAGUUGGAGUUAAUAAACCAAAUCUUGGAGUUAAUCCAGAGGUUAACAUCAAUGCACCAAGUGUUGAAGUUAACAAACCAAAUGAUAGUGGUGCCGCUGGAUUUGGUGUUGGAAUUAACGCUCCACAAAUCGAAGUUAACAAACCAAAUGUUGACUUGAAUACAGAAGUUCAAGGUCCAGGUAUUGGUAUCAACAAACCAAAUACAAAUGCAGGAUUUGGAGUCAAUGUCAAUACUCCACAAGUUGAUAUUAAUAAGCCAGAAAUUGGUGGUGAAGCAAGCAUCAAAGGUAAGAAACCAAAGCUUGGUUUCAACAGUCCCGACGUCGAAAUCAACACCCCACAAGUUGAUGUUAAUGCUCAAUCACCAAAUAUGGGUGGCUCAGCAGGAAUUGGAGUUAAUCCACAAGUUAAUAUCAAUACUCCAAGUGUUGAAGUUAACAAACCAAAUGCUGCAGGUGCCGCUGGAUUUGGCAUUGGAAUCAAUACUCCACAAGUUGAAGUCAACACACCAGCAAUUAAUGCACAAUCUCCAGAAAUUGGUGGUGGCAUUAACAAACCAAAUGCAGGAUUUGGCGUCAAUGUCAAUGCUCCACAAGUCAAUGCCAACAAACCAAAUAUUGAAGGAGAAGCAUCAAUUGGAAUUGGAAAGCCAAAGAUUGAAGUUGAUACUCCAAAGGUCGAAGAAGACCAUGGAUUUGGCAUUGGAAAGACAGAGAAACCAUCGGCACAAGUCAACAUCAACACCCCAGGAAUAUCUACUCCAAAUGUUUCGGUCCAACAACCACAAGGAUCAGCUGCAAUCUCCACUCGCGAUAUUCCACAAGGAUCAUUUGAUGUCAAUACUCCAAACGUUCAAUCACAAGGUUCUGCAAAUAUUGGUGCAGGAGUUAAUGUAAAUGGACAAGCACCAGGAUUAGCUGUUAAGUCACCAGGAAUUCCAAGUGCAAAUGCACAAGUUAAUGUUAAUUCUCAACAACCACAAGGAUCAGCAUCUGUUUCUGGACCAGGAUUGAAAGUUGGACUUCCAAAUGUUUCUAUGAAGAAAGUAUUGAGUUUAACAUCAACAAGCGAAACAGAAAGUACAGAGGAAGAAGAAUACGAAGAAGAUGAAGAAGCGGACAUCAAAUUCAACGUCAAAGCACAGAAAAUACAACAAAAUGCUGUUCAACCAUUCAUCAUGAGAACAGAAGUUCCAAAGGCAAAUGUCACUGUUCCAAGCAGAACUCUCACAACUUCAUCAGAUAGUGAAUCAGAUUCAUCUGGAAAGAACAAGAUUGGAAUAGGUCUAAAUGUAGGAAUUCCUGCUGCAAACGUCACUUCUUCCACAUCAUCAGUUUCAAGUCUCAAAUACGACACACCACAGAUCAACACUUCUGUUCCAACAGUUUCAAGAAAUGUGAAAGUAGAAGUUGAAGAAGAAGACGAAGAGGAAGAAGAACUCGAAGAAGAGGAGGAUCUCGAGGAAAAAGAAGAUGAAGAAGAAGAACUUGAGGAAGAAGAAGAGGAAGAAGAGAAAGCUGAAUCAAAGGUAGAACAAGUCAAGAUUGGAACAACAGAGAUUUCUGGUGGACUAUUCACAAGAAACAUUCCUGUUGACAACAAAGUUCAAAUGUUCAGUGACGAUGAAGGAAAAUCAAGGCCACAACAAGUUCUCGAUACAAUCAACACCAAAGUUAAACAGAAUCGUCCAGCCAAAAUCGUUGCACCUAAGAUGGGUGGAUUCCAAGGCAGAAUGAUGAUGUCUAAACCAGCCGCAGCACAAUCUUCUUCGUCAUCAUCAGACAGCGAAGAGUUGCCAGCAAUUUUCUCUCCUCAUGUUCAGAUGCAAGUUACUCCAGGAGCAGGAAUGUACCAGAGAAUUCCACGCAGAACAAUGCAGAGAUCCAUUGGCCAGGCAGACAGGAUUGUACCAAUGCCAGGCAUGACAAACGAUGAGACAAUUACUGAAGAGAAUUCUCCAAAGCGAAAUCAAUCUCCUCCGAAACAAAAUCUCUUUGUUUUAUCACAAGCACCAGCUGAUCUCAAGUCCAAGGGCCAAGGAAGUGGAUUUGUCAAUCAGCAAGAUGCUCCUACAACAACAGAUACAGAUGAUUCAGGACCUCCAACAGCCUUCCUAGUUACAAAAGGUCUCAAACCUCGCGCAGACAUUGUUUUUGGCGACAACGACAGCAGACUUGACAACAAAUCAUUCCGUCGCCAGAACGACAUCACAGAGACAGACAGCGAUGACAACAAAGAGAAGAACAACAGCAAAUACAAGAGGAGUAGACCAACAAGAGGAAGACAAAACGACAUCAGAUCGAGAAGCAUCAACAACAACAAUAUUACAGAUAGCGAUGAAUCAGAAGAUGAAGACAGACAUAGAAGUCAUCACAAAUCAUCGCAUGGACACAGAAGAAAUAAUGAUUACGAAGAUAGACACAGACACAGAAGCCAUCAUAGACAUCACUACGAAGACAGUGACUCAGAUAGCGAAAGUGAAAGUGAUUAUUCUGAUAACAGACACAGAAGUAGAAAUCACCACAGAAGACAUCAAAAAGACGAUUCCUACAUUGAUACAGAUAACUACGCAAGUCGCAGAAGUCGCCGCUCAAGACAUAAUGACAAUGAUUAUAAUUCAAGAAGAAGAAACAAUGAAAAAGAUUCCGAAGAAGAAAAGAAACAAAUCACUUCUCCAAGAAGUCCAAAGAGACGCGACAAUCAAAGCAUGUCAUCCCACGCAUCAAGAAAGAGAGAUAAACUUCCUCUUCCACAUGCUUCAAGUGACGAAGAAACUCCAAUUAUUUCCAAAGAAGAAAUCAAACAAAAACCAAACAAAUCAAGUUCAAGUUCUAAACCAGAAAUCAAAGAAGAAAUCAAACCAAAACAAAGUAAAUCAAGUUCAAGUUCUAAACAAGAGAUAAAAGAGGAAAUCAAGCCAAAACAAAGUAAAUCAAGUUCAAGUUCUAAACAAGAGAUAAAAGUUGAGAUUAAACAAGAAGAAAGUUCAAGUUCUAAAUCAGGACCAGAUAAAGAAGAGUCUGUUUCAUAUGAUUUAUCAACAGCUAAGGAAGAAAAAGAAGAAAAACCAGUUCAACAAGAAGAAAAAGAAACCGAAUCCGAAGAAGGAAAAGGAAUCAAAUCUCAAGAAAACGAAAAAUCUUCAUCAGAAGCAGAAGAAGAUAAAAAUAAAGAAGAAACAUCAUCUUCAUCAGAAGAAAAAAAGCCGAAGAAGGCAGAAGAAGAAACAAAGUCAUCAGAAUCAACAUCAGAAGAGAAUGUUGAAGGAAACAAAGAUGAUAUUUCUGUUGCAUCGCUCAGCUCUUUCCAGAUGAAGAAGCGUCUUUCUUCAAAGGCUUCCAAGAUCAGUUCAUCAUCAGAAGACAGCGAAAAAGACAGCAAAUUAGUCGACCACAGAAAGGAAGAAAAGAGAUCAAGAACAUUGACGAAACCUCCAGAGAUUUCAGUAAACUUCGACAACGAAGAUCCAGACAAGACAAUGGUCAGCGACGACUUCUUCGUGUCUCCAGCAAAGAAACCAUCAGUUCUCGCUACAAUUCCUCUCCCAGAGUCACCAAGAAAUUCAAGCGACAACCCUCUCUACAACAACGAACGUCCAGAGAAAUCAGCUCCUUCUCCAAUCGAGAUGAAGCCAACAAAUGUCAGAGUUAGACCUCAGUACACAAUAGGAAAGACUAAAGGACUCAACAUAGACGUCCCACUCUUGUCAAGUCCAAAGAGAAGGACACAUGGCAAGAAAUAA